UCAAUUCAAAGUUCGUUAUUGACUACAGUUCGACCACAGAAGAAGUUGGUCUCUGUUAUUAAGAUUCGUAACGACGUGAGUUUCAGUACUGAAUUCGUGAGGCGUAGUCAAGCGUCUUACUUCUGGUUGUCACAAUGAAGAUUUUCGUUGCAUUUUUAUUCGUUCACCUGAUUGCUGGAAUCUUAUGUUCCGAGGCUGAUAAAGCGAAAAAUACACGAAAUCCAGAGAUGCUUUUGGAAACGUACAUCGACAUGCUGAGAGCUCUUCGUUUAAACCAUUUGAAUAAUUAUGAUGAGGCCGUCAAGCAAGCCGUAAUCGACAAGUGCAAGAAGAAUGGUGGACCAAAGGCAUUCGACGAUGCCAAGGAAAGCCUGCUGAGCCUGCAAAAUUCGAUAGAUUCCUUGGUCAACGACACUAUAAAUCAGGCUCUGCUUGUCGGCUUAGAAUCAUGGAACGCGCAGGAACAGAUACCGAGACUUUGUGACACGUUUAUGACUGUGUUGAACUCGACGAAGCUAGCUCUAAAUUCAGUCAGUCCUUGUCUGGACGAAGCGGAACGCGCGACUGCCAACAUCAUGUACAACAUGAGAUUUGCAGCUGCGGAUUCCGUCUGCGGGAACAACGGAAGUAACCUCAUUUCAUUUUACACGGCUCGUGGAUUUGAGUGUAUCAUUAGCCAUUAUCCCAGAAACUGUUCGGUACAAAUGCCACCCCGCAAUAAUUCCACCGUCCUCACCGACGGCGUCCGGAUUGCUGGUGCUCCAUGGUCUUAUGAAACAUCCUAUCCAAGCCUGAACGAAUGCAAAAGUAUUCGGACGGCCAAAAUCUGCGCGGUCGAAAAAUUGAGUGGAUGCGAACAACCGGAACCUGCCAGUGUGGCGAAUUCUGGAUAUGCUGCUGUCGAAAAAGCAGCAGGCUGUGAAAACAUACUCAAUGCCGAAGCAUCCUCUGCGGCCUGAGGAUAAGAUGAUUGCAAAGGCUGUAGGAGGAAGGUGGGAUCUUCCCCAUUUCGCAAGAUUUUCAAUGUAGAUUUAGUGCAGUAUGCAGAACACGUGAAGUGAUAUUUUCAUCGAUGGGCUUGGAAUCUUGUGGAAUACUUUAUUAAACCGUCUAUGUGUAUGUAAAGGUAUAUAUAUAUAAAUAUAUAUAUAUACGAUAGGACCUCAACGGAUAAUGUAUGAUAAACAUCAAUUAUUUUCUGACGAUCGA